UAAAUUAUAACGAAACAAAUGAUUGUGAAUCGCAUGUUUUCUUGGUGUGGGUGUGUGGCUAAACCAAACCAAACAACGCCUACUCGAACACUCAGUCACUCAGUCACUGCACUUGUUGUGAUGAAGAAACUCUCACUCUUACCCUCGGAUUUGGACACUAAAUGUUCCACUCCCUCGUUGAUGAGCAUGAUGGGCUUUUUUGUCGCUUCCUUCGUCCUCUGCUCUGUGGUUUUCUCAGUCUCCAUUGUUCUUCGAGACCCUCCCUCAGAUGCCGCCCUGCACGAACCCUCGUCACUCGCACCCCUCUUGCAAAUCACACAAACUCUACGAGAUUUGGUCAAUGAAACCUCUGAUUCUGUUGAGCUGCAACAAGAUAAACUGCUUGGUGGCCUUCUAGCUGAUGGAUUUGAUGAAAAAUCUUGUCUCAGCAGGUAUCACUUUCACAAAGGGCUAUCAGAAAAGCCUUCUUCUUACCUCAUUUCUAGGUUAAGAAAAUAUGAAGCUCAGCACAAACAAUGUGGACCUUACACUGAUUCCUAUAACAAAACAGUUGAACAACUUAGGUCUGGUGGUCAAUUUACUGAGUCCUCAGAGUGUAAAUAUGUUGUAUGGAUUUCGUUUAGUGGCUUAGGGAAUAGGAUUUUGACCCUAGCUUCUGCUUUUCUCUAUGCUCUCCUCACUAACCGUGUUCUACUGGUUGACCCUGGAGCGGAUAUGGUUGAUCUCUUUUGUGAGCCAUUUCCAGAUUCUUCCUGGCUUCUUCCUAGUGACUUUCCUCUUAAUGCUCAGUUUAAUAAUUUCAGUCAGAAUUCUGAUCAUUGUUAUGGGAAAAUGCUGAAAAGUAAAGCAGUUACAGAUUCCACUGUUGCAUCUUUUGUCUACCUUCAUAUAGCCCAUGAUUAUGAUGAUCAUGAUAAGCUUUUCUUCUGCGAUGAAGAACAACGUUUUCUCCAGAUCGUGCCAUGGUUAAUAAUGAAAACAGAUAACUACUUUGUCCCUUCUGUAUUCUUAAUGCCAUCUUUUGAGCAGGAACUGAAUGAUCUCUUCCCAAAUAAGGAAACAGUGUUCCAUUUCUUGAGUAGGUAUCUGUUCCACCCUACAAACAGUGUGUGGGGACUUGUGGUCAGAUACUAUCAAGCUUAUUUAUCUAAAGCUGAUGAAAGAGUGGGCAUACAAAUUAGAGUGUUUGACACUGAACCUGGUCCGUUUCAACAUGUAUUGGAUCAGAUCUUAGCUUGUACUUUGAAGAAGAAUAUUUUGCCUGAUGUUAACCACCAGCAGGAUGCUACCAAUUCAUCAGGAAUUCCCAAGUCAAAAGCGGUACUGAUGACAUCCUUAAACUCUGGUUAUUUUGAAAAGGUGAGAGACAUGUAUUGGGAAUAUCCUACGGUGACGGGAGAAGUGGUUGGCGUUUACCAGCCGAGCCACGAAGGAUAUCAACAAACACAGAAGCAGAUGCACAACCAAAAAGCUUGGGCAGAAAUGUAUCUCUUAAGCUUAACUGAUGUGUUGGUUACUAGCUCAUGGUCUACUUUUGGGUAUGUGGCUCAGGGGCUUGGAGGUUUAAAACCGUGGAUUCUGUACAAACCUGAGAAUCGAACAGCCCCAGAUCCUCCCUGUCGACGUGCCAUGUCAAUGGAGCCGUGUUUCCAUGCUCCUCCCUUCUAUGACUGCAAGGCCAAGAGAGGAACUGACACAGGUGAACUUGUUCCAUAUGUAAGGCACUGUGAAGAUAUGAGCUGGGGCCUUAAGCUUGUGGACAGUGAUAGUUAUCGCUAGCUAGUUAUGACCAAUGCUAUGUAUGCUAGUAUUAUGAAAACUCAGCUAUGAAGUAUUACACAUUUUGUUGUAAAAUAGAAUGAGUUAUUUCUUUUAGAUGUGUAAUUAGUUUUCUCCCAGAGAACCAUGGUAUUAGCUUUUUCUACUUUAGGGCUUUUCUAGUUAUGACUUCGAUAACCAGGUUUAAGAAUUUAGCAUUGCUGUUGGAGUGGACCUCUAUAUUAGACCUCGAGAUUAUAUGAGUUGGGUAUUUUUAAUUUUAAGACC